GAAUAAAUAGCAAAAAGCAUUUACGUCCUCAAGGAGGGGAACGAAUCCCGCGCGGUGUUUGUGUUGGCGCACGUUGCUGGUGUUGUGUGUUGGGACGCCGGCAAUAUCGCGGCAGCUGUAACUGCGCCAGGAGAAAGGUCGAGGGAACACUGCGCCCGAGACAGCCAAGCCCGCAACAGAGACUCAUCCGCAUCAAUGUCUUGCCCGCGAUGAUCAGCUGCGUAGCGGUGGAGCAUCGGCGGCCCCAGUGGUCGCUAGACCGAUUCCGGGCGAGUCGAGCAGCCGUCGCCCUCUGCACCAGCACAAGUCGUUUAACGGCAGGCAACAAACUCGGAGGACGACGAGGCAGCAAACGCUGAAGCGCGCAAAGAUGACGCGGCGGAACUCGACGAAGCCGAACGCAAGGCCGAAUCGGACGCCGUCAGUACCUCCCUCGACAAUCGGCACCGCGCCCCCUGGCGUGGCCCCAUCGCCCCAAAACUGCGGGCCCGCGGAUGCCCGGCGCCGGCUUCCCUGGUAGCUGCGCCUAUUUCACACGCCCUGCGCGUGAGAAUUGGGCGCGGCAGCGCCAACUUUCUCGGCAUAUGCCGCCGCCCGGCGAAUGGGGCGGGUUUCGCUACAUAGAAGGCGCCGCACGAUCAGAAACAUACGCGGCCCGGGCCCCCGCGCAGCGGCGCGGGCCUGUGUUCCAUUGUGUAUGAAGGCGCCCGGACCUCGGCAGAUGCGCGGACCAUUUUUGGGGGCGCGCGCGUAUAGUCAUAACGACACACCACGCCGCCAUGCCCAUGGCGAAAGGAAAGGACGCCAACAUGUCGCGCGACAUUUAUUGACGGGAAUACAACAACGACAAGCUGCCGGGAUGAACAUCCUGAACCAAAAAAAUAUAUCCACACCUUCCUAG